ACAAACCAUACAUCAAUGGAAAUCUUAUUUAUUUCAUAUGAUGUAUAAAUCUCAAUUUAAAAAAUUUACCCUUAUGACUGGUUUUGUGGUCCAGGGUCACACACACACACACACACACACACACACAUAUAUAUAUAUAUAUUAGGGGUUGCACGGUACUUAUAUUCGUACCGAACCGUCACAGUACGGGCAUCUCGGUUCGGUGCAUGAGGCCUUACAACGAAUACAGCCAAUUCACCCUCAAUCCAGAAGGGUGCGCCCGCAGUAAUGCAGCGCUGUUUGAUAACCGCCAGCAGAAGAACAGCGAAGGCCAUGAGUUGCGCACUUGAUAACAAAGCACCCAGACAGUGACCAUGUGCUGCUUCUGAACGCGUCUCUCACAUAGGAAUAUACUUUAAAGGCUUGUGCACUCAACUGUUUGCGAAAUGGAGCUUUGUGCUCGUCCAUGAAGGUGGUGCUGCUGGCGGUGCUGUUGGUGUUGGCCGCGUGGGCAGAUUCGGCCCAGGCCCAGAAAGCUCUGAGACUCUGUGGCCGUGAGUUUUUUCGGGCUGUCGUCUACACGUGUGGGGGUUCCAGAUGGAGGCGGGGCCAAAACGACGACCCCUUAAAUGGUUAUGAAAUCGAGACUGAUGUGGAGUCACUGACCUCUACAGAAAUGGAUCGAGUAAGAAGAGAGGCCCAUGAAGCGCUGCCCUCCGCGUGCUGUAAAGUGGGAUGCAGAAAAAGUGAUCUUGUUCUCAUGUGCUGAGAAACGCUCCCAACAUCAUCAUCUUCUCUGUGCAAAAUGCAUUUAAAAUAUUAUUUUUCAGAGGACUUGAAUUACAUAAAAACUCUCAAAGUUAAAAUGGUUUUAAAAUGAACAUUUGAAAAAUGUUCAGAUGUUGUUUUCCGAGAAAUUCUUCAAAUGCUAAAACAAUAUUUAUUUAAAAUGAGGCAACAUUUAAAGAGGACAAAUACUCAAUAGAAAGGAAUGUUGUCUUUUUUAGAGGUACUAUUAAGGAAAUAGUUCACCUUAAAACAACAACAACAAAAACACCCUAUGUUGUUCAGAACCCAUAGCCUACUUAUUGCUGUCUGAAAUAUACAUUGUGUAUUGUUUGAGUUGAGUAUAUGCAUAUACUAUAUGUAUACUAAGCCUAUAUGUGCCCCAAAACAUGGAUAAGUGGUUAAAUGUUUAUGAAGUUAAAUGGUUACCAACCUGAACUAAUGUUUUUUAAAAAUGUUGUUAAAAAGGUUCAAAUCUAAAGAUUAGAAAAAGAAUAUAUAUAUAUAUAUAUAUAUAUAUUAAAUUAUUUAUAGUCUACCCAAUAUUGUAUUUUAUGGAAUAUGUCCAAUAUCAGGAGAUACCAACUGCAAAAUUGAGAAUAAAAGCAUUUUGAACAAAAAACAUAAACAUGGUUUAUUUGCGUCCUUAUUUGUUGGGAAAUAGCAAUAAAUAUAUUCUCAGAGGUGUUUUUAAAGUUCUGCCACUUCAAUUUGCGAUUCACAAUA